AUGCGAGCACACGCCGCAUCGCACAGCCUGUCAGCCUACCCACCUGCUGCAUGCACUUCCUGCGCACCGUCCGCAACCGUCAUCUCCGCAGAGCUACGCAGACGCACGUGGGCAAUACGGAGAUGCAACUCAGCCCGAACUUCAUGCAGCGUCCAAUCCCGUUCGCCCGGUUCGCGAACCGUCCACGCUUCUGGAAGCUGCACAGAAGCGAACGGGCAUGCAGGGGUGAUUUGGCUAGUUUGUACCGAUGGAGGUUGCGAUCAGACUACAUCUUCAGCCCUCGCUCGCGCGGGACGUGUACACAACCCCAAUGCCAUCCAUGACACCCAUCUAUCCCACGCGCGCAGCGCAGCUACCCUCACCACGCGACCGGACAAGCACCCUUUACUGCACGCGUGUCCGGGAAGACUUGCGCAGCGCACCUCGCCGUCCACACCUUCGGGUCCGCAUCACCACCAUGUCAUCCCACGCACGUCAAAGCCCGCGCUCGCUCACAAAGGCCAAGACGCCGGACGGCAGGAAGAUGCAAUAUGUUACCGCCUGCCUGACUCCAAGCGGAAGGCGACGGCCAACUCCGCGCAGCGAGGCGACACGGAACCGUCACAAGACCAGACCAAGCAAGUCAGGAACCCGUUUCACGGCUCGGGAAGCACUUUCCUGUGGACUUUCCCAAAGGAGUGCCCAAGUCCUGCACUAAGCCCUGCCGAGCGCGCGGAACCUGAACCGCAAUCCCUCGCAGCUCUAACGGCUUCAGGCCGCGACGGAGGCGGUGCGCUGCGCGAAGGAAGGAUCCAGUCAAGGAAGCAGCCGUUAUUUGGCAGGGAGCGGGUCGCUAGCGGCUUCCUCGCUGACGUUCCCACUUUGGACCCACGCAGACGCGGUACGGACAAUAAGCAGGAAUAA